AACCAGAACGCAGCUCCUCGUCCGCGGCAGAACCGGAACGCGGCCCUCCGUCGACAGCAGAACCGGAACGCGGCCCUCCGUCGACAGCAGAACCGGAACGCGGCCCUCCGUCGACAGCAGAACCGGAACGCGGCCCUCCGUCGACAGCAGAACCGGAACGCGGCCCUCCGUCGACAGCAGAACCGGAACGCGGCCCUCCGUCGACAGCAGAACAAGGGAAUGCAGCCGCUGCAGCCUGGUUCUGCUGUGCAGCCUCUGGUCCGCAGCAGGACCAGAAUCGUCGUUGUUCUCAGUGGUGGCGAACUAAGUCGAGCUGUUGCGAAUUACGACUAUGUUCAUUUCAAUACAGUUUUCUGGUGA